AUGGAUGGUGGUCUCGGUAUUCGAAAUGCUAUGAUGAACAAUGUGACACUUCUUGGAAAUCUCUUGGAUGAUAUUAUUCGUCAUCCGAAUAAGUUUUGGGUGCAGGUUCUGGAAAGCUUUGUAAUAGGGUCCUCUUUGGGUAUAUUUCAGAUACGCAAUUGCACGUGCAUGACAUAUGAGGAAGUGGAUUUUGGAACUUUGGAAUUCUUUACAGUGCUGCCUCCAGAUACUCGCAAUGAGAUUAUGAAGGUGCAUAUUCCAACGAAGUUAACAGGCGUUGACAGAUUCGGUUGGAAGCAUAGCAUUGAUGGGUUAUAUACCACAACAUCAACUUAUAACCUUUUAAAGGGAUCUAACAUGGUUGAUGUCCGUUGUAACUGGAGGAAGCCACACCAGCCUGUGCGAUAUGCAGGGGAAGUGUCGAAAAUCUUGAUCAUCUAUUUCGGGAAUGUCGUAAUGCGAAAUAGCUGUGGGAGGAAAUUGCUCUAUCAUCUAUUUGACCGUCUGUUACUGCUCAGGACUUCCAACAGUGGUUUGAAAAAGCCUAGAGUUCUAGCCACAUGUCGUACUUCAGCCAGGGCCUUUGUCGCAACAUGCAAGCCACACUCUGAUCAGUCUCAUGGUAGAUGGCAGCUGAAACCUGAAUGUGAAUCAGAUGGGGGUGGUGUGGUUAUUCUUGAUGCAAGUGGACGUUGGAUUUCUGGUGUGUCUUCUAGUUUUAGUACGGAUAUUGCAUUUACUGCAGAACCUUUGGCUCUGGACAUAGGAUUGGAACAUGCUUGGUCUCUUGAGUUUAAUUAUGUUUUGUGUAAGACGGAUUAUUUACUGGCUACCGAGUUUCUCACCACAGAUGUGGAAGUUGUUAACUUUUGA